AAAUAUAGCACGCGCGAGCUCAGCUCCUCAACAAAGUCAUUGCUCUGACAGUGUUGUGAAGGGAGCAGAAGAGGAGAAACCUAAUCUCAGAAUCCAACAACACCUAGCAACAGAUGAAAAAACUUUUAAACAAAAGUCUGGGUGGGAGAUAUACAACCACUUCCAAUUUCUGCUGAUCGGGAUUUCAGAGAGAAGAAGCUGCUUUCCCCCUCUGUCAGUUUCCUGCAUGACUUCAGCUAUUGGCUAGUCUUAGGAAAGAAAGUGGGAAAAGCUUUUUCCUCUGUAUUCUUUUGGGCUGGAUAGUUUUCCAGGACUCGAGUCUGUUUUGGUCUGUGGGACAAGUCAGUGGGUUCUUCAAAGGAUAAACUACCUCCAUAAAGGACAUACCCUUGGUUAGACGAGCUGCCGUCAGGUGGGAAUGAGAUCCCGAAACCAAGGCGGUGAAAGUUCACCUAACGGGCAUAUCUCCUGCCCCAAGUCCUCUAUCAUCAGUAAUGCUGAUGAUAAAAGUCUCUCAGAAGAUGCAAAAAAGAAAAAUAAAUCAAAUAGAAAGGAGGAUGAUAUCAUGGCCUCAGGAACUGUCAAACGACACCUGAAACCAUCUGGACAAAGUGAACGAAAGACUAAGAAAUCCCUGGAGUUAUCCAAAGAAGACCUCAUCCAGCUACUCAGUAUAAUGGAGGGGGAGUUGCAGGCCAGAGAAGAUGUGAUCCACAUGCUGAAGACAGAGAAAACCAAGCCUGAAGUUCUGGAGGCUCAUUACGGAUCAGCAGAGCCAGAGAAAGUGCUGCGGGUUCUGCACCGAGAUGCCAUCCUUGCCCAGGAGAAGUCCAUAGGAGAAGAUGUCUAUGAGAAACCGAUUUCAGAGCUGGACAGACUCGAGGAAAAACAGAAAGAAACCUACCGGCGCAUGCUGGAGCAGCUGCUGCUAGCAGAGAAGUGUCACAGGCGCACCGUGUAUGAGUUAGAGAACGAGAAGCAUAAACACACUGACUACAUGAACAAGAGCGAUGACUUCACCAACCUGCUGGAACAGGAGCGGGAGAGAUUGAAAAAGCUCCUUGAACAAGAAAAGGCUUACCAAGCCCGCAAAGAAAAGGAAAACGCUAAGCGGCUCAAUAAACUAAGAGAUGAGCUUGUCAAACUCAAGUCCUUUGCACUCAUGCUGGUGGAUGAAAGACAAAUGCAUAUUGAGCAACUUGGCCUGCAAAGCCAGAAAGUACAGGAUCUUACUCAGAAAUUGAGGGAAGAAGAAGAAAAGCUCAAAGCCAUUACUUCCAAAUCCAAAGAAGACAGACAGAAAUUGCUCAAGUUGGAAGUGGAUUUUGAACACAAGGCAUCAAGGUUUUCUCAAGAGCAUGAAGAGAUGAAUGCUAAAUUGGCUAAUCAAGAGUCUCACAACAGGCAACUUAGACUCAAGUUGGUUGGGUUAACUCAAAGAAUCGAGGAGCUAGAAGAGACCAACAAAAAUCUUCAAAAGGCAGAGGAAGAACUUCAGGAAUUAAGAGAUAAAAUUGCCAAAGGGGAAUGUGGAAACUCUAGCCUCAUGGCAGAAGUGGAAAAUCUCCGAAAGCGCGUGCUUGAAAUGGAGGGUAAAGACGAGGAGAUCACUAAAACUGAAUCCCAGUGCAGAGAAUUGAGGAAGAAGCUUCAGGAGGAAGAACACCAUAGUAAGGAGCUCAAACUUGAAGUUGAGAAGUUACAGAAGAGAAUGUCUGAACUGGAGAAGUUGGAAGAAGCAUUUAGCAAGAGUAAAUCUGAAUGUACCCAGCUACAUUUAAAUCUGGAGAAAGAAAAGAACUUAACCAAAGAUCUGCUAAAUGAAUUGGAGGUGGUCAAGAGUCGAGUUAAAGAACUUGAAUGUUCAGAAAGUAGAUUGGAAAAGGCUGAAUUAAGCCUAAAAGAUGAUCUUACAAAGUUGAAGUCAUUUACGGUGAUGCUUGUUGAUGAAAGGAAAAAUAUGAUGGAAAAAAUAAAGCAAGAAGAGAGAAAAGUGGAUGGACUCAAUAAAAAUUUUAAGGUGGAACAAGGAAAGGUUAUGGAUGUAACUGAAAAACUAAUUGAAGAAAGCAAAAAGCUUUUAAAACUGAAAUCUGAAAUGGAAGAAAAGGUAUACAAUUUGACAAAAGAGAGGGAUGAGUUGAUUGGCAAACUGAAAAGUGAAGAAGAAAAAUCCUCUGAAUUAAGCUGCAGUGUUGACUUAUUAAAGAAGAGACUUGAUGGUAUAGAAGAGGUGGAAAGAGAAAUAACAAGAGGAAGGUCUCGAAAAGGACCUGAGCUCACCUGCCCAGAAGACAAUAAGAUUAAGGAACUAACACUUGAAAUUGAGCGACUGAAGAAACGUCUCCAACAAUUAGAAGUGGUCGAAGGGGAUUUAAUGAAGACGGAGGAUGAGUAUGAUCAACUGGAGCAGAAAUUUAGGACUGAGCAGGAUAAAGCUAACUUCCUCUCUCAACAACUAGAGGAGAUCAAGCACCAGAUCGCCAAGAACAAAGCAAUAGAGAAAGGUGAGGUCGUGAGCCAGGAAGCUGAGCUAAGACACAGAUUUCGGUUGGAAGAAGCUAAGAGUCGAGACUUAAAAGCCGAAGUGCAAGCUCUGAAAGAGAAGAUUCACGAAUUAAUGAACAAAGAAGAUCAGCUUUCCCAGCUCCAGGUAGAUUAUUCUGUCCUUCAACAGAGAUUUAUGGAAGAAGAAAAUAAGAACAAAAGCAUGGGGCAGGAGGUCCUCAGUCUGACCAAAGAGUUGGAGCUCUCUAAGCGCUACAGCCGAGCCCUUCGCCCCAGUGUGAACGGAAGAAGAAUGGUGGAUGUGCCGGUGACGUCCACAGGGGUGCAGACCGACGCGGUCAGCAGCGACGCCGCGGAGGAAGAAACGCCCGCUGUGUUCAUUCGCAAGUCCUUCCAAGAAGAAAAUCACAUCAUGAGCAAUCUUCGACAGGUGGGACUGAAAAAACCCAUGGAGCGAUCCUCUGUUCUAGACAGGUAUCCUCCCGCUGCAAAUGAGCUCACCAUGAGAAAGUCUUGGAUUCCAUGGAUGAGGAAAAGGGAAAACGGCCCGUCAAUCACUCAGGAGAAAGGCCCUCGCACAAACUGCAGUCCAGGGCACCCGGGAGAGCUCGUCCUCUCGCCGAAGCAGGGCCAGCCCCUGCAUAUUCGCGUGACACCAGACCACGAGAACAGUACUGCGACUUUGGAAAUAACGAGCCCGACAUCUGAAGAGUUUUUUUCUAGUACCACCGUCAUUCCUACCUUAGGGAAUCAGAAACCAAGGAUAACCAUUAUUCCAUCACCAAAUGUUAUGUCUCAAAAACCAAAAACUGGAGAUACUGCUCUUGGCACAGAACGAGCCAUGUCCCCAGUCACAAUUACUACAUAUUCCAGAGAGAAGACCCCAGAAAGUGUAAGAGGCACGUUUGUGGACAGGCCUACAUCCCCCAUUCAGAUAAUGACAGUGUCUACAUCAGCAGCACCAGCUGAGAUUGCAGUUUCUCCUGAAUCCCAGGAAAUGCCCAUAGGAAGGACUAUCCUCAAAGUCACCCCGGAAAAACAGACUGUGUCAACUCCAAUACGGAAAUACAAUGCCAAUGCCAAUAUCAUAACCACGGAAGACAAUAAAAUUCACAUUCACUUAGGUUCUCAGUUUAAACGAUCCCCUGGGACUUUAGCUGAAGGAGUAAGUCCAGUCAUUACUGUCCGACCACUCAACACGACAGCUGAAAAGGAGGUUUCCACUGGCACCGUCCUUCGGUCCCCCAGGAACCAUCUCUCUUCACGACCGGGUGCGAGCAAAGUGACAAGCACUAUCACCAUAACACCGGUCACAAACUCAUCCACCCGAGGAACCCAGUCGGUGGCAGGACAAGACGGGUCAUCCCAACGGCCUACACCCACCCGCAUUCCUAUGUCAAAAGGUAUGAAAGCAGGAAAGCCAGUAGUGACAGCCCCAGGAGCAGGAAAUCUGACCAAAUUCGAGCCUCGAGCUGAGACUCAGUCUAUGAAAAUAGAGCUGAAGAAAUCUGCAGCCAGCAGCGCUACCUCUCUUGGAGGGGGGAAGGGCUGAGGGCAGUGGCUAAGGGGGUAUGUUGUGCAGAUGCUACUGCUGCCGUGAAAACGAACCUUCCUGUGUUUGUGCCAACUCUUUACAUGGACUAAUUUAAGUUUUAAAUACCUUGUUUAUAAAAUAACCAACUAAUA